AUGUUCCUGGUGGGGUUUCUGUUACCUCUAAUCUGGCAUUACGCACAUGCUGAUGCUAUUUGCCGCAGCAAUGGUCAAUUGAGCGUGUAUAUCCAGCCAGUUGAGCAAAAGGGAAUCAAGUUCGACAAAUUGUUAGUCAAUCGCUCGGUGCCGGCUCAAGUGUCCUACGAGGUUAGAUCUAACAGCCCCGAGGUCGACUAUGUCACUUGGGCACACAAUGGACAAACCGUCAAAGUGGAGGAAGGCAAUGGCGAUGGUCACGAAGUUUGGUACAAAGUCGAACGUCGAGGACCCGUGUUUCUUGUGGAGUUGCAUAUACCGCUUCCGACCCCGCCAAUUAUCCGUACUCGUUUGGGAGCCGUUCGGGCGAAUGAAGGUGAAUCGUUGACCGUCGAGUGUGAACUGGAAUCGUACCCACUUCCGUCGGAAGUUAUGUGGAAACGAGUGCUUGUAUCGGAACAAGGCAGUCAGUUGGUUCCAGUAGUAAAUGCCACUUUCACAGCCAAGGACGGUGUGCAAAAUGCAGUCAUGGAAUGGCAGGAUGCAACGCACGUCAGCGGACCCUACUUGUGCACUGCGAGGUCACCUCGUGGUUCAGACACUCAGCUUUUUGAUGUUCGUAUCAAAGGUAAAAGUGCGUUUAUCUGGCCGGCCGUCGGAAUAGCUUUGGAGUUAUUGGUGCUUCUCAUUACGAUUGUGGUGUACGAACGUCACCAAGCCAAACGUCGCAAGGCUGAAGAAAAUUGCCCUCUUAUUAAAGUUGUUUUCAUCAACCUUUACCGACGUUGUU